UCGGCGGCGUGUUCCUCUUUUCCCAACUUCCUAGCGUCCUGGCAGGUGGAGGCGGGCUGUUCACUCUGCAGUCUCUUGCAGCCGCUUAUCUAGCCCUAGCGACUCUCACUCCGCAGCCUCCCCCAGCUCCCGGCGCCGCGGGUGCACACCAGAGACCGAGCCAUGGCAGAGCGCGGGGAGCUGGACCUGACCGGUGCCAAACAGAACACUGGAGUGUGGCUGGUCAAGGUUCCUAAGUAUUUGUCACAGCAGUGGGCUAAGGCCCCUGGAAGAGGUGAGGUUGGGAAACUGCGGAUUGCCAAGAAUCAAGGAAGGACUGAGGUGUCAUUCACUUUGAAUGAGGAGCUGGCAAAUAUUCAUGAUAUUGGGGGGAAACCAGCGUCAGUCAGUACUCCAAGAGAACAUCCACUCGCCUUGCAGAGUGUUGGAGGACAGACGCUGACGGUGUUUACCGAGAGCUCCCCAGAUAAGCUGUCAUUGGAAGGAAUAGUAGUCCAGAGAGCUGAAUGCCGGCCUGCCGCCAGUGAAAGCUACAUGAGAUUAAAGAGAUUGCAAAUAGAAGAAUCAUCUAAACCUGUCAGGCUGUCACAACAGCUGGACAAAGUUGUGACAACCAAUUACAAGCCUGUUGCUAAUCACCAAUACAAUAUCGAAUAUGAAAGGAAAAAGAAAGAAGACGGGAAACGAGCUCGAGCUGAUAAACAAUACGUUUUAGACAUGCUGUUCUCAGCUUUUGAGAAGCAUCAAUAUUACAACCUUAAGGAUUUGGUGGACAUCACAAAACAACCUGUGGGCUACCUGAAGGAAAUCUUGAAGGAAAUUGGCAUUCAGAAUGUGAAAGGGAUCCACAAGAACACGUGGGAGCUGAAGCCGGAGUACAGACACUAUCAAGCAGAAGAGAAGAGUGACUGAGACAGCCGCAAGGCUGCGGGCCACAUGCAACCCGAGAUGGGACAGGCUGAAUUUUUUUAAUCCAAUAAUUCUUAGGAAGUUCCUUGAGUGUUUGUUUAUUUAAGGGAAAAGAAUGAAUUUGGAGCCAGAGCGAUAGUACAACGGGUAGAGCAUUUGCCUUGCAACAGUUGACCCAGGUUCGAUCCCCAGCAUCCUAGAGGGUCCCCCUCAAGCACCACCAUGAUUGAUCCCUGAGCGCAGAGCCAGGAGUAACCCCUGAGCAUCACCAAGUGUGGCCCCCCCAAAACCAAAAAAUUUAAAAAGAAUUAUUUAUAGAACUUACCUUGCGUUGAUCCAGAUUAUUUACAGUGGAAUUAGGGAUUGGUAGAUGAAGAACAUUUUUUCCCCUUUGAAAUAUUUAUUUCUAACCUGUAAAAUUAGGAAAUGUUUUUUUUUUAUUUUAUAUUUAUUUUUUUUUAUUUUUGGGUCACACCUGGUGAUGCACAGGGGUUACUCCGGGCUCUGCACUCAGGAAUUACUCCUGGCGGUGCUCAAGGGACCAUAUGGGAUGCUGGGAAUCGAACCCGGGUCGGCCACAUGCAAGGCAAAUGCCCUACCCGCUGUGCUAUCGCUCCAGCCCCAGGAAAUGUUUUCUAAGUGAGGACUCCCUGUCCAUGUUUCUGCUCCGAAGGGCUGAGGUUGUUAAGAUCCUAAAGGAACAACAUAACAAGAAGAAAGUGGUCGAUUACAAGUCGGUUGCAGGCACUCUUAAGCCGAAUACAAAACCAAAGCUCCUUAAUUUGAAAUUGUCGAAGAACAAAGCAUUUAGUUGGGGGCCUAGGGUGGCUUUAAUAGGUGAUCAUGUUUGAUGUUCACAUCCCUUAGUCAGAGGAGAGCACUUACGUUUGUGCUGAGAAAUUUCCACAAAUAGCUGACCAUACUGUAGUGACUGCGACAUGAGAAGUGGGUCAGAAAUCAUAGUCAGCUGAUGGUUCUCUUGCUUGCUUUAGAAAUUAAAUACUUUCCCAAGAAUUCAGAGAGGAUCUCCCCAGUCCAGGGUAUAAGCACUCAAACACUGACCACCUCAGAGUUUUCCUGCCUGCCCUUCAGACUCGGGUCGGUGAGCCGGUAACGAUAGCAGCUCUGUGGGCAGCCCACGUCUUAGACACAGACUGUCGAAGCCUUGGAUGUGGAAAUGUUUCCUUUGUUUUCCUUUCUUAAUUUUAAACAAAAGUGAUGCAAGUCCAUGGUUAAAGUUCUACCUAGCCCAAAAUUUGACCGAAAUUGUACCCACAAACAUUACCAAAGCAAAAGAAACUUUAGCAAACUGAGUCCAGUAAAAACCUGUUUGUUUGUUUGUU